GCGAGUACAGUACACUUGCCGCGCUCCCAGGCCCAGCCCUGGUUGACAGUCACUGCCAAGACGUUGUAUUGUAGUGGUGCUGCGUCCACGCUUGUAAUAUUCUCCACUUUUGUGUUACAAGAAUUAGAAUAGAUUUUGAAUUGUACGAAAAUUCAUGUGAACAAAAAGUGUGUAACAUCCACUAACAUACUGUACUGUACAGUACAACAGUCAUACGAACACUAGUCACACCAUAAGCAACCCCAAACAUGAGCCAACCAAGUGAUAUUGCGUUUGCCCCGCAGAAUGCUCCUUAUUCCCAGCCAGGUGGUGCUCCUUACCCACAACCAGGUGCUCCUUACCCCCAGCCUGGCCCUUAUCCUCCUCCUGGACAGUACCCACCGCCAGGGCAGUACCCACCGCCAGGGCAGUACCCACCGCCAGGCCAGUACCCACCACCAGGCCAGUAUCCACCACCAGGCCAAUACCCACCGCCAGGCCAGUACCCACCGCCAGGCCAGUACCCACCACCAGGCCAGUAUCCACCACCAGGCCAGUAUCCACCACCUCAACAACCUAAUCAGGGUCAUGGAGGAGGUAUUUACCCACCAUUACCAGCUGGUGGGCCCCAACCAGACCCAUACAGUCAACAGCCUCAGCCAGGUGGACAAGGAGGAUGGAUGCCCACCCCUGCAGUAACCAACUGCCCUCCUGGCCUUGAGUACCUCACACAGGUUGACCAGCUACUUGUUAAACAGAAAGUGGAACUAUUGGAGGCAUUCACAGGGUUCGAAACAUCAAAUAAAUACAAGAUACAGAACUCGCUGGGUCAGAAGCUUUACUUUGCUGCCGAGGACACAGACUGUUGCACCAGGCAGUGUUGUGGGCCCAUGCGACCCUUUGACAUGAAGAUCAUGGACAACUCUCAGAAUGAAGUGAUUCAUCUCAACCGUCCCUUGGCUUGUACCUCGUGUUGCUUCCCUUGCUGUUUACAGAGCAUUGAAGUGACCUCACCACCUGGAACUGUUGUCGGCUCUGUGCAUCAAGAGUGGAGCCUCUGCGCACCCAAGUUUACUGUUCGUAACUCAAGUGACGACGUCAUCCUCAGAAUUGAAGGUCCCAUCUGUACCUGGAGUAUCUGUGGUGAUGUUGAGUUUCAGGUGUUGUCUGCUGAUGGUGACGUGCAGGUGGGUAAGAUCAGUAAGCAGUGGAGCGGCCUGGCAAAGGAAGCCUUCACGGAUGCUGACAACUUUGGUAUCACUUUCCCCAUGGACCUGGAUGUGAAGAUUAAGGCUGCACUACUGGGUGCUGUCUUCCUAAUUGAUGUAAUGUAUUUUGACAAGGGCAACGACAACUGAUCACUUACAUAUGGUAAUGAAAAGGAUUUCAUGUUCUUUGAGAAGCAAGGGAACAAGGAGACUGAUCAACCGGGAAUGUUCUAAAACUGGUCGUUGGAGUUGACUUAAUUACAUGAGGAUAGUGUAGUGAAAUGAAAUAAAUUGGUAACAAGGAUAACAUAUAGUAAUUAAUAAACUGUUGUUAAAUAUAUGUUUGGUGUGACUGAUUGUGAUUCACUGCUUCAAAGGGUUUCACUCCUACAAUGCCCUGGUGAUAGUAGGCUCCAAUCUGACUGUAUACUGUAUGAUAAAGAUUGGUGGUUAAUGUAUCCCAGUCUGUUGGUUCAUUGGUAAUGUAACCCAGUCUUGGUUCACUUAGGUUGGAGACUAUCAAAGUGUAGGAACCAUAUAGCCAGAAAUGCCUAUUAUUUACUGUACUUUACACCUAUAAUGUCCAAAAUACUUAUUAAGGGGAAAGAAUCACAACCAUUCUACAUUGAAAAGUAUCUUUUGUUCCUCAUUAUAUUAUUUUAAUGGGAAAUUUAAUGUUAACCAUUUAUUGAUUUUGAAGACCUUUUAGUUUUAAGAAAUAUAAGUGAGUUGUGUGACGAGACAGCCACAACAAGUAGAUGAACACAACUUAACAUUAACCAAAGCCAACCCCUAUAUAGACACAUUUAUACUCGUAGUACUGUACACACAACCCACAUUCUGUUUGCAGGUACUAAUGUUGUAUUUAGUUUAGGUCAGGUAUAGUACUUAGUACCAAAAAGAGCUGACUACAGUAUAUGCUGGUACAGUUAUUGCUUAGAGAUUUAUAAAAACUGAAACAGAAUUUAUUAUUUGUAUUUUCCAUUGGGCUAUAUUACUGUGUUACUUAAUAUAAUGAGUUUGUGUUUGUCAUUUUAAUAUUUUUAAGAGGAAAUGUUGUACAUGCCCUAGGUGGGGGGGGUGUUCUGUCUUGGUGCUCACUGAGGGAUCCAGCCCUGUCUUCAGCCCUCCUAGGAUCAUGUGGGGGGCUCUCUUGGUGCUCACCUAACCUAUACCUCCCUAGGUAGAGUUAGGUUAUUGAAUCAUUAUAACAGCCUGGAUCUGCCCCACAGGUUAACAGUGUUGUCAUUUAUGAUGAUAUGAUUCAGUUGAACCUCUAUCCCUUGUACUGAUUUUAUAUUAGUUAUUUACUUAUCUAGUAUUUUAUUUUAUAAUAUUUUGUUCAGCUUUGUGAUUGAAGUUCAUUGUUGACAGAGUAGAAGGUGAGAUGUAUUGUGUCGGUGGGAACAGAGCCAUAGAUGAAUAGAAUUCAGUUAACUCGGUGAUCGAACCCGAUUGACUGAAUCACUCCUAUGACACAUGGGCGCCAUUUUAUUACUCAUCAAAAGAUUUUUCAAAAUCAACAAAGCAGAUACAAAUUUCAUUGGACCUCUAAAGCUCUUUCAGUGAAAAUUCUCAAUCCAAACAUAGCUUCUCUAGUUCCUGUUCCCCUUUUAAAUCCAUUUUGCUCUUCAGAUAACUCACUUUCUAUUCUAAACUUUAUUCUAAAAAAAAUAUAAUUAAGACAACAUUGUAGGUGCGACAUUGAUUAAUAUGAAUUUACAUAUAUAAAUAAUAUACAGUACAGGUAUCAAUUUGGUAAUAAUAUGAGGACCCUCUCAUUAAUAAAGGUUUUUCAUAUAUGGUCAUGUGAUAUUAAUUAUAAAUCCGAUCAUUAUGUGGGGGACAUAACGAGAACAGCAGCCGCAGCUGCUCUGCCUGAGAAGACCUCCCAGUUCCACCCACUGUGUAACAACAGGACACCUGGUUGGCCAAAUUUUCUCUAUCUAUGGCUCUGGUUGAGAACUGUUGCUCCUGCCUCUUGGUGCUCACGUGCAGUACUGUAUCACAAUACCUCAUGUUUUCUUUAAUGAAUGGCUGCCAUCCAUCCCUCCAGUCAGACACCAAUAUUUUUUACCUCAUUUAUUGCCAUGGUAAUGUUUUGCCUUUAAAGGGUACUUACUGUAUGUAUGGACAUGAUUAUAUGUCAUAUUUAUUGCUUAUAAAGCAGUUUUAUACAUUUAUGUUCUAUAUGUUAUAUUGUAAUCGAUAUGAUUGAUUACUUCAGUAAUUUAUUGAGAGUUUGUGUUGUCUUCAAAAGAUAUGUUGAUAGCUUGUCAUCCUGACAAGGAACCUUUCUUUCACUUGAAUACUACCUGCUAGCAUGUUGUUACCAUUAUCAAAUGUAGCUUUAAAAAGUGUCACCAUACCACACACCCAGUUCCCUCUCCAUACUCUGGUAGAUUUUAUCGCACUGUGGUGCCCUCUGGGCCAUAUUCAGGAAUGAGACAGACUCCCCCUGUGGUGCCCUCUGGGCCAGAUCCAGGAAUGAGACAGACUCCCCCUGUGGUACCCUCUGGGUCAGAUCCAGGAAUGAGACAGACUCCCCCUGUGGUGCCCUCUGGGCCAGAUCCAGGAAUGAGACAGACUCCCCCUAUGGUGCCCUCUGGGCCAGAUCCAGGAAUGAGACAGACUCCCCCUAUGGUGCUUUCAACUCUGGCCGCACUCCUCUCAAGUGAGAUAAGGUCGUUCUAGAGUGAAACAGGAUUAUCUGCACCAACUUGUUACAUGCUACCACCUCUACUCUAAAGUUUUACUUGCAUACAUAAAUUGCCUUAAACUCUGCCUUGAAUAUCGUAAAGCCUGCUAACUUUAUGCAUUAAAAUGACCAUAUACAUCUUUGAGGUGCCUGCAGUGAGGACUUGUCUGCACUCCAUCUGCUUUUAAAUCAUGUCUGCUCAAAGCCAGUCUUGGUGUGAAUUCGUCCAUAGGUUAGAAUUCAUACAGUAUUAAGGUUUUUUAAUGUCUCUUUUGGUGGGUAAACGUGCAUAUAGCCUUCAUCAAGUCUUACUGUAGAGAAACUUUACUCAAUAGUUAAUGAGGUGCCUUUGGGAAGUAGCAUAGUCACAACUUGUUUAGUUUAUCAAAAUAAUAAUGUUUUUCAGCAAUUUGAUUUUUACUUUAACAAACUAUAUACUGUAACUUAGAAAAUAUAUUGUUUUUCAUGAUAGAUUUGACUACAUUUGCUUAGGUAUAAUUUAGAUUUAUUUAAUCCCUUUCUCACAGCAUGUCUGAGGUGGUAAAGUAUAAGUAUGUAUAGUAUAGUAUAUAUGAUUGAAGUAUAUUUAAAUGGUGUUCUUAGACUUUGCAGUUAGGAAGGGAUUAUAUGUAGAGUACUAUAGCAGACAAAAUUCCCUGGACACUUGGCAGUACAGUAUCUGGCAUAUACAGUAGGUACAGUACUGUACUUAAGGAUCAUUAGAUGAAGUGGAUUGAAAUUUUUAUGUAUUUUCUCAGUUAUUUCUUUUUGUUAAGGAGUGGGUUUUCCUAUUUGGUAUUUCCGACAUAAUAUGUGAAGAAAAGUACCGUCGGUUGAUAUAAACCAAUGAUAUAUAUGGCCUAGAAGUAGAUGCCAGAUAUUGCUAAGUGUUAAUUUAAUUUUGUUUGUUGGGGGUUUCACACCUAACGGACCCUCGAUAUAAUGGACUUUCCUCUCCCUGUAGUCCGUUAAAUAGAGGUUACACUGUAUAUAAUGUUAUCAUGGAACAAGACCACACUAAGGAAAGAAAGAUUAGUAUCUGUCUGGGUUAUGUUGUUAGUACUGUACCUGUAUCCCAAAUAUACAAUACAUUCUUUGUUGAAAGUUGAUGUA